GACCCGCAUUUUCUUUUUUUCUUCCGCUGCGAGCAGUGAGCACUGAUGUUGGAAGCUGAGAGAUAAUUACCAAACAACCUCGACUACUCUUCUGUAAAUUCUAAAACUCCUUCGUACAGGGAUUCCGUCGGUAGAAUGGAUAUUGAGCAACUGGACAAUGUCAUCUUUCUGGGCGCUGUCACGGUACUCAGCGCCCUUCAGAACGUUUUCUUCGCGUACACGGUGCAGAACGAAUCCGUUCAUCCGCGCUCCUCAAACACAGCUUUCGAUCGGGUUAAAGUGGCAACCCACAAUUGCAUCGAAGUGUAUCCAACAUUUCUUGCUCUGCUAUGGACUGCUGGACUUUUUUGUAGUCAAGCACCCGCUGCCUUUGCUGGAUUGUUGUAUUUGGUGGUGAGGCACAAGUACUUCGUUGGCUAUUUGGGGGAAAACUGUCAAAGCCUCCCUGGUUUCUUUUUUGGAAAACGUUUAAUUGCAUUCCUCUUCAUCAUGUCAACUGCUGGAAUUGUCAACUACACAACAAACUACUUCUUUGAGAUCAACUUCCUGUUUUACAUGCAAACAGUUACAAAGGCCUCUGCUGCACUGCUUCUCAUUCCUUAAUCAAAUAAUGAGCUGUUGUCAGCAUGAUCAUUUAAUGAAACAAACCAUUUACAGUUUUGUCAGAUUAUAAUCUACUACAAUUGUACCUUUGUGGUUAUUUGCAGCAUUUUAUCUUGAUUUUAUUUCUGCUAUGUUGUGCAAAUAAAAUUGACUAAAAUUA